CAAAGAUGGACCUUCCUCCUCACAACCUGGAUAGACACUCUUAACAGGAAAACUAAAACGCGACAUAAUCAAUAGUGAUUGCCAGAAAUAGUGCGCGGCCCCUUUAAGAGAUACAAAACAAUCGUUACUUCCUGUAUGUUAGCGCUAGCACUGUGCCGUUAAUCUACUAUAAAACACACAUAAAUGAGAAAGUAAAUGGUUUAAAGAAUAUGUAAAAUAGAUGUUGACAUUGUAAAACAGUGAGGGUGUCAAAUAAUGUUUAUUUCAAUUUUCAAAAGUGUUUCGCUGUAACGUUAUGAUGGCAGGGAGAAAAAGAAAGAUGCCAGCAUUGACAGGAGCAGCAACACCUCAACCAGCAAAGGUUUCACCUGCCGAACUGAAUAACAAGUGUGAAAAUCCUCAAAGUGCUGAGACGGAGCUGAGCCAUUAUUUCAUCAACAAUGACCUGCAGCACAGACUUGAAGAGGAUUUUUUCAAACAACCCUGUAUCCGUUUGGCUAAAGCAUUCCUCGGCAAGGUGUUGGUCCGCAGGUGUGCAGAUGGUACUGAGCUGCGAGGGAGAAUAGUGGAAACUGAAGCCUACCUUGGAGGGAAGGACAAAGCUUCACACUCAGCAGGAGGCAAACGCACUGAGAGGACCACAGCCAUGUUCAUGAAGCCUGGCACAAUUUAUGUGUAUCCGAUCUAUGGCAUCUACCUCUGUAUGAACGUGUCUAGUGAAGGGGAGGGUGCUGCCGUGCUGCUGCGCUCCCUGGAGCCCCUGCAGGGUCAGCCCCUCAUGAGGCAGCUGAGGACAGCCAGACGCAAAGAGGGAGCCCGACAACUCAAGGACAAAGAGCUCUGCAACGGGCCUUCCAAGCUGUGCCAAGCUCUAAAUAUACCCCGCUGUUUUGAUCGUCGAGACCUUGCCUCAGACCCAGACGUGUGGCUGGAGAGGGAGCCCGACACAAAUCCAGCAGAACCCCACGAUAUAGUAUCAGCACCACGCAUUGGAAUUGAAUCUCACAGGGAAUGGGCCAAGAAGCCCUGGCGGUUUUAUCUUCGUGGGCACCACUGUGUUAGCGUAGUGAAUAAAGAGGCAGAAAGACAGUCUGGAAAUGUAAUGAACAAUUUAGGUCCCUCAGAUGUGCAGUCUGACACAGGACAGCACAAAGUCAAGAGGGCGUAACAGAAAUAUCCUGGAACUACUCUGCCAUCUGUUCCCUCUGUGGACUUCUCCAUUUAGGCAGGAUAAAAACUCAAGAAAAAAAGAAGAAAGUCAGGAUGGUAGAAUAACAUUCUUGACUGGUUGAAUAUCUAAAUUCUAAUCUGCAUAAAUUAUGCAAGAUGUUUCUCAUUCAUUUUGUAAACUGCAACUGAUUUUUAACAGUGUAUUUAUGGUACUGAUGAAAAGUUAUACUCAAAACUAACAGAUUAGAGUUUAAGUCAACUAGAGUAAGACUCAAUUUAUCGGUCUAUAAAAAUGUUUUAUUCUGUAACGUACCUUUUCUCACUCAAAUCUUUUUUGUUUAGGUCUUUCGUCCGUUUUUUAAGAAAGUCAUACUCAGUGAUUUCACAGAUGUUUGGAAAGCUCUGCUUCUCUCAAAGCAAAAUAACCUCUUGAUGUUCCCCACCUCUGGGAUUCCUGAGGAGAGGUAGAUGAAGAUCUGGAAUGAUCAUUACAAAGUGUGCCCAUCUGUUGUAAGUGCAGCUGAUCUAACAUCUGUGAUACAAAGUUAACCCCCCUCCCCAAUACCAAUAGUUCCAAUAUGCAGAGUAAACGCUUGAGGCAUUUCAGGUAUGUACAAAAUAAUUUAAUAUUGUAAACAAACAUUUGGCUCAUAAGGGAAGCAACACUUUCUACAUUUUGUAAAUCGGCACUCAUUUUUGCAAUCAUUGUGUCAGUUCGUAUUAAAAGAACACUGUUGAGCAAUAGCACUUAGCUGAGAGCACAGCAGGCUAUUAGCUGCUCUCAAACAGACAUCUUUUCCAGUUGAUGAGAGCUGAUACCGUCUCUGUGCCACUACUCCAUGGGUGACUGAAAGAUUGAAAUAAUGGGAUCCUCAUGGUUUGUCACCACAAGGACACUGCGGAACUUGUCAAACAGCGUCUUGAGCUGCGAGCGUCUCAUGUUCUCAUUGUACAUAAUCUCUUCCAGGUGGUGAUGUCCCCGGAAAUAGUGCAGCAGCCUGGAAGCAGUGAACAGAACAGGCAGAAAAAUGGGUUGCGAGCUAGACUUUCAUUGAAUCAUUAUCUGUGUAAAUCGACCAUGAGACAGAACUUUCGCUGCUCUGAUAACAUUUGUUCUUACGAUGCAGUAGGUUUCACAAAACUCUAAAUACUGGAUUGUGAAGCUUCAUUUCCUAUUUUAAACAUGUGCACAACUAACAACUGGCAAAUAAGCUCAACUCUCCAGACAAAUUAUGUUUUCAAUAAAAUGUCUUAAUAUUCUGUGAAUGCAAAUAAAAUAACUUUAUUUUUCAAA